GCUGAGCUUGUCCUCAUCACAGGGUCAGGGGGCGCCUUGGGAUGUCUCUUUGCCCUGGAGUUCACCAAACACGGGGCAGAGGUGGUGCUAUGGGACGUCGACGCUAACGACAAUGAGGAGACUGUCAGGUUAGUGAGGGAGGCGGGGGGCUAGGCGCAGCCCUACAGGGUGGACGUGACCAACCGGGUGGAGGUGUACCGCACGGCGGACGAGGUGUGGACGGACCUGGGCCGUAAUGUCACCAUGCUGGUGAACAACGCCGGGGUGGUUGCCAGAGAACGGCUGAUGGACUGUCAGGAUUAGCUGGUGGAGAGGACUAUGAAGGUCAACUGUCACGCCCUCUUCUGGAUGACAAAGGCCUUCAUUCCCCAGAUGAAAGAGCAGAACCAUGGACACAUCAUCACUGUCGCAAGCGUCCCGGGUCUCUUCAGCACUACCUGUGUGGAGGAUUAUUGCGCCAGUAAGUUUGCGGCGGUGAGCUUCCACGAGUCCCUGGCCCACAAGUUGCUGACUGAGGAAUUUGAUGGAGUCAAGACCACUCUUGUGUGUCCCCAUAUUGUAGACACGGGGCAUCUCUCUGCUGCAUCCCUCAGGGAUGAGGUAGUACUGUUCCUGGCACCGCUGGAGCCUGAGUACUGUGUGGAGCAGGCCAUGAACGCCAUCCUGAUCGACCAGCCCCUGCAUCCCACGCCUCACCUACCUGCCCGUCAUCUCCCGAGUGUGAGUACACAUAUUGAUUGAAUAAACUUUAUUGAUCACCCACUCACUUCGACAGCUCCUUGGAGCGGUGCAGUGUCUCGACAUCUGUCUCUCCACAACCUCUUCUGGGCCAGGUCGUAAUUCAGUUGGUCGGACCAUUGAUUGAUCCCCAGAGCCGAAAGCUGAUUUUUCACCAGCAGCACGCUCAGGUGCUCUGAUGAAGGCAUAACUGCCGAAACGCGUUAGCCUGCCAGCCCCAAAAUACAAAGCUGAAAUGAGGUGACGUGUUUUUCUUUUUGGAUUUUGGAGUGCCACCAUUUCAGUGUUUUUUAAUUUGAGAUUUCAUUUGAAGUUAUUGUCAUAUAUGGCAGAGCACCCAGCUAAUAAAGCGAGAGUGCGCUCAUGUUACCAACUUCACGUCAAACGUAGUGUGGCAUGAUACUGCACACUUCCUCUUCCUGCCCUGUUGCCAUGGUGACCUAUCGGUUCAUGGGGUCAGACAAAUGCAUGUACCCCUUCAUUAAGAGCAAGAAGAACAAGAUGACCAAUGGAGGACCUACCCUGAU